AUGAUCCCGCCUCCAGCAACGUCAUCAGACUCCGGAGGCAGCGUCGGCAUCCCGAAACCCUUUGAAGGGCACACUCGCGAAGUGAAUGCAGUCGCCUACUCCCCUGACGGCAACUUGAUCGCUUCGUGCUCGGACGACGGGACAUUACGGAUAUGGAAUUCGAAGACCGGUAUGCAGGUCGGAAAGCCUCUGACUGGUCAUGACCUCUUGGUCUGGGCCGUCGCGUUCUCUCAUGAUGGUCGUCGCAUCGUCAGCGGAUCAAAGGACAAGAUGCUUCGCGUUUGGGAUGUUGGCACUAAUGAGUGUGUCUUAGGCCCUUUGGAAGGGCACACUGACGCUGUCAAGUCGGUUCAGUACUCCCUGGAUGGCCAACUCAUCGCUAGUGCGUCGGACGACCGGUCACUUCGUUUGUGGGAUGCAAAAUCGGGAGAGAUAAUUGGAGUUCUGCAACAUCCGAGCGCAGUCGCUCAUAUAAGCUUUUCUCCAUGCGGAAAACAAGUCGCAAGUCUCUGCCAUGAUAAAAUGGUACGAGUAUGGGACGUGCCAUUGCAAAGGCUCGCUCUUCCGCCUCUUUCUGGCCACAAAUCCGAGGUAUGCACUGUGGCAUAUUCGCCAGAUGGUCGUUCGUUGGCAAGCGGUAGUCGCGACUGGACCAUUUGUCUGUGGGACACUGGCACUGGUACCCAGAUAGCGAGGAAGCACAAGCAUGGCGACUGGGUGCGGUCAGUAUGCUGGUCCCCAGAUGGGAGGUGCAUAUUCAGUGGCUCUGACGACAAUAUCGCACGAGUGUGGAGUGUCUCUAGCGGUGAGGAAGUACUGAAGGUCGAUCUUGGCGGUUAUGUGCGCUACGUACAGUAUGCACCUGAUGGGAAGACAUUCCUGAGCGCGUCAUGGGAUAAGACAGUUCGCAUUUGGAAUGCGAGUACCAGCGAACUCAUGCGGGAAAUUGAUCAUGAUGGCAAAGUCCGUGCAGCUGUCUUUUCACCAGAUGGCUUACGGGUCGCUAGCGGGACAGGGAGCGGGUAUGUCAGGGUUUGGGAGUCAACAAGCGGACAUCUACUCCUAGGAAAAGUAUGUGUUGCAUGUUUAUCACACCCCCUUACCCUGCUUACGAUACCAGGGAGCGGAGGAUAA